AUGAUUCUGAGAUCCUGUAUGCAAGAUUUCCUCAAAAGCCAGUGUGGGACCACAGUUGCCCUUUUCUUAUAUGGUAUCAUGAAAACGAAACCACUGAGGGAUUAUUCACUAGCAUUCAAGAAUCACGUUUCAAUUUCAAAUCCCACCGGAUCCAAUGAAGUGAAUGCGGAACAUGUUCACAAACUGCAAACACCUGCAAUUUUUUAUCAAUACAAUUACUGUGCAAAAAUCAGUGGCAAUGCAACAAACUCAAAUUUGGUUUGUAUGAACUGUUUUCAUGAAAAUCCAUUUGAAGAACUAUUGAAGACUAAAAUCAUUCGAGCCUUUUCUGGAACAAAAAUGAGUUUCAUUGAAUCAACUGAUUCUGGAAAUAUCCAGAUUCCUUAA